UCCCAGGCAUCACUGAGCACACAUUCUGGCUCCAUGUCUUUUCCAGGCUAUUCUGGGGAUUGCAGGGGCAUAUGCUACAGAACCCACUGUAUUAUCCCAGUGACUCCUUCUGUUGCUCUUUGCUCCAGCGAUGUAAGCCCUCCCUUGGGUCUUGGAUUGCCUAGUUGUUACCAAGGAACUCUCUGGCUUCUGGAUAACUGCCAAGAAACCUGUGGUGAAGCACCAAUCUGUGAAUCUCCCAGCUGUGAGCCCAGGACCUGCACCACAAGCUGUGACCAGUCAAACUCUGGUGUGCCCUGCAGCUCUGCAGCAGUGGGCAAAAUACGCAGUGCCUGUGAAACUACCAAUGUCGGACCCAGCCCCAGCUGCAACCCAUGCACUCAGACCAAAGGGUAUGUAUCCGAUUGCAGCACACCCAGCCGAUGCACGUGCAAAGCCCGCCAGACCCUCAGCGAUGGCUUCAAAUACUCUGGGUCACUUAACUGCUUAUCCAGGAGUUUACAGCUUCUAAACCACUACACACUGGGUAGCUUGGGGUAUAGAAGCUACCAAAAUUUUGGCUUCAUACCAAAUGGCUUCUCACCCUCAUCUUGUAUUGCCAACAGCUGCCGAUUCCAAAAUUAUUUAAGAAGAAAUUGCCAAUAUCCAACUUAUCAGCCUCUGAGCUAUUUUUCAAGAAACUUCCAGUCUCUGAGCUGUAUACCAAGUACCUUCCCUCCUCUGAGGUAUUUAUGUCGUGGCUGCAGACCUCUGAGUUGCUAUUGAUCAACUUACUGCAUUUAUAGCUGCUAGAAAUUGUCCAAAGGGGCAGAUUCGACCAAGUUGUCACCCUCUCUAAUAUUCGGCUGAAUUGAAUUACUGCAUGUAUCUUAAGAAUCGUGUUCCAUUAACCUCAGAUAUAACUCCAGGAUGUAUUAAUCACAGCCAUUAUCACCUGCUAGCUUUUGUUCUGCUGCUCUUGUAAUGCCUUAUGUGUUGAAGUCCAACCCUGAAGUUAGCGGUAUUGGUUCUGAGACUGAAUACGAUGGAUACACUGAAGAGAUUCCACGUGAAAUACGCCACAGAACAGCUUUCUUAUUUCGGCUGUCCCUGUCACUUUUCUGCCAUGCGACUAUCCCCGAACUUUCUUGAAAAUGUGGAGCCUCCUUGGUUUGACUGAUGAUUCCAGCACAUUCUUUCAAGAUUGCCUUGCUUUUUGCCAAUAGUUUUGUUAAUGCCUAACUAGCAUCUUGCUAAUAAGCUAAGAGAGAGCAUCGUCUUAAACAUUGUGAGGGGAGCGAGUUCUUCCUCCCCCUCCUGCCUGAAGACAAGGAUGUGCUAGAAGCAAUGUCCAACUAGAGUUCAGAAUCGGAAGACCUUCUGCAAAUCUUCUCUUCUAAUGAAGCCAUAAGACACAAGAUUGGCUGGCACUUGGCGUUUGUUCUCAUUGCCUAGGAGACAGCCUCAGAAGUAGCAGGAACACAAUUGUUUGUUGAAAGAAUGACAAAAUGCUGUUGCAGAAGCUUCACGAGUAAUAAUCUAUGCUCACAGUUCUGCUGUAAUUCUCCCCUGCUGAUUUGUUACUUCCUGAUUGCCGACACAGUCCUGGUUCACAGCUAAUAAACACAUUUCUACUGGGAAA